CGACGUGUGACACCUCAGUAGUCAACAGUCAGUGUGUGCGUGACAAAGUGAUAGUGUGUGCGACAAGUCAUGGACCGACGGACGAUAUCAAUCUAAGAAGAUGAGGAGCCAGCUAGCCAGAUGAGAUGGUGGUUCUCUCCCAGUGGCUGUGGCUCACUGUCGGCUGGCUCACGUGGACCGUGCCCGGCUUAGACGCUUCACUCUGCGAUUCUGGCUCACAAUGUAACUGUAACCUGGGCAAACUUACGUGCGACUGUUCCACGUCCUUUCUCAAGGAAGUGGUGCUGAAGAAGACGUCUCUUGAUCCAACCCUCAGCAGCAUCAGUAUAGCCAACUGUCUCCACGUGCAUGUGCAGCCCAACGCUCUAUCACACUUGCCUAGUUUGCAACAAGUCAGUGUUGCCAACGUAAAACAAGUUACUUUAGAAGAAAACGCCUUCAGUUGGACCACGAGCACUCCACAACAGCACCACACUGGACUUGUGAUUAACAUAACGAACUGCAACAUCAACCGUGUUCCUAGUUACAGUUUCAAAGGCUUUCUCCGAGACAUUUUGCUCAAAUCACUCAAUAUUUCUCACAUCAACAGUUACGCUUUCAGCUCAAUCGAUCGAGCAGAAAGAAUCGAAUUUCGUAAUGUAAAUAUUUUAGAAAUAAGCACGCAGUCUUUCAAACAAAUUUCCGUGGAGUUCCUAUCCCUGUUGGACACCACUUUAAACAUUCUACCUGAAAGAACUAUGACAGAAGUCACAGUGCGUCAAGAAGUACGUUUGGAGUCGUUAAACAUUAGUAGGCUAGAAAGUUCAGCGUUGAAAAUAAACUCACCGAGAAACUUUCGACUAACAAAUUCUAGAAUCGGUUAUGUAGAAUCAAAUGCGUUCGAAGUAGGUACCAAAGGGGACGUUUCAAUACACGAAAACGUGUUUUCCCAUUUAGAAAGCCUCGCUCUCGCAGGGUUCCAUGUAGAAGAAAACUACCUCGAAGAAGCUGGCAAACAGGAUUUCGUUUUCGAGAACAACACUUUGAUCGAAUUCGAAAACGAGUGUCUAAAACUGAACACCUCCGGUUUUGAUCCGCGGUUGGAUUGGAUCAUGUUGAAACAAAAGUGUUCUUGUGACAGUGCCAUAUUGUGGGUAAACACUCUAGUCGUAUACCCUAACAUGCGUUUACCCAUAGACAAACUUCUCUAUUGCCUCAAUCCGACGGCGACCAGACUCAGUGACUUCCGAAGACUUUACUGUAACGUCGCUAGGUUCAGUGUAUUCGCUGUGGUCGUCGGUGUAGUUGUGGUUGUGGGAAUCGUCUCUGUGAUCUUAUUAGUAGUUUAUUGUGGAAUUCGCAAGAGAGGGAAGAAAUACAUCAACGUUCCCACGAACAACUCGGCGCUGCGAGCUCCCGAAGACAACAAACGCCACAUGUUGGUGGUUCCUGACGGGAAGACCUACAGGGAGACAGAGCUUCAUGUCAUAUUCGAGCAUGCUGAGGCCAUCAAAACCACCAACUUCGUCAAAGGGCCUGAUGAGCCCAACGGAUAAUACAGUAAAACCUACAGGGAUGUUAUGUGAUAAAACUUAAUGGUUAUUUGUUAAUAAGUUAAUAAGUGACAAGAUAAUACGCUUAUUUUAGACCUAUCUAAGAAUGUUAAAUUUAAUAGUUUAAGUUUUAUAAUAAAAAAAUAAUAAAAAAUACCAGAAAUGUUUUACUAAGAAAAUAAGUAACGGCUUAUUGAAGUGAGAUUUUAUAGUAAAAUCAUGUAAUAAAGUAUAGAUAUCAAUUGACGACUUAUUUUUCUCGAAAGAAUUAUUUUAAUAUUUAUUAGGUACUAUUUAUCGGCAUAUAGCUUAUAGUUUUAAAACAAAGGAACUAUGUACAGUAAAACAUACUUAUUACGAUCAUUACACCCGUAGUUUCUCGUUUUUUUUCAUUAUGGCAUAACGAAACCGAUCGUUUAUGAUUGUUUGAUAGUUAAAAAAACACCUACAGAUGUGUUUAUAAUUUUGCGUGUUUAGAUUUUAUUGUAAACCAAAGUGAAGUAUUAGAUAUUUCAAAAUUAUGUUGAAAUAUAUUUAUAUUAUGUUUUACUGUAUAAUAUUUCCUGCUUUACGUUGUAAUGUACCUCAAAGUGUAAAUGUAAAAAAAUAAGUUCUGCUAUACUAUCAAAUAAUAAAAUUGUAUGCAGUUUUUAAUGUUUGCUGUGAAUUUGCUUAAUUACUGACAAAGCUUUUAAGUACACCAAAAUCAUGAUUUAUUAUAAUGUCAAAUCUAUGUAUGAACAAAUAUUCUUUAAAGAAAUCUAGUUAAGAAUAUUUAUGACAUAUUUAUGGGUUAGCCAAUAAUAUUUUAUAAAAAGUACAUUUGUAAACCAAUUGUAUAUGACGUAAACAUGUAAAUUUACGUAAGUGACUAAGUAAGCUUACUAGUAAUAUACAUUUUCUCCAAUAUUUUGCAGACACAACUAAUUACAAGUAUUAACCCUGGAUACAACGAAUAUGCUUUUGAAUCUGUUGCAAACAAAAACAAACUGUUUUGAUAUCUGUUUCAUGACCAGUUGUCCAACAAUUCCAUGUUGUCUACAAAUGUUUGUUUCAAACUCAAGAGCAGUUUUCACAGUCAGGGCUUUAUUGUUUGGUAAAAAAUCCCAGAUAUUAAACUACAGUUACCAAAUAAAUGAGCCUAUUUCACUAACAGGAUUUUAAAAGUGUAAAAAUUGCAUCAAACGAAGAAUUUCUUAAAAUCUUCACCAGCAGAAAAGUAGUUCAUAAAUUUAAUGGACCGAUCCAUAAUAAUGUUUAAAUUACGUACUACGACAAAUUUAUGGUAAUUGAGGAAGCAAGUUUUUCUAUCUCACAUUACAGAAUAUUAUCUUGCAUAUCCUUUUCACUCAUUAAGGAAGGGACGGGCUGUAUAUAAUUUCUCCCUAGAGAAGAGUUUUUAUCCACCAGCGUAGGUCACGUGAUGUUUAUUCUUAUGUUUACGUUUGUCCGGCAUCGGUCGUUCACCCUACCUACCCUUGUGUUUACAUUCUAACACAUUGGAAUGUAUUGACUGGCGUAAUGUACUUGGUAGUCAGUUACACUAGUUGAAUAUAGAUUUGAUAAAUUGAUUCAAAUACUUAAAGAUGAUUUUUUUUAGCUUAUUUUAGAAAUUAAAUUAUUAAGUCAUAGGAACACAGUUCUUUAUCCAUCUAUCAUCUUAGUGGUUCAGCUGAAUUCAACGUUAAGGUAUUCCUUUUCUGGUUGAUCUAGGGGGCUAUUACUCAUGGUUUUAACUAGAUUUAAACUAUUUUUAGUAAACCAAGCUACAUAAUUUUAUCCUAUUUUUGUCCUUCAUGAUUUUAUAACCAAAGAGUAAAGGAUAUGUUUUAAACGUUAUUCUCCUUCCAAAAUUUUUAAAGAUUAGUCUAUGUCACCGUACUCUAGCCCAGCAAAUCGUAUAGAAAAAGCUUCCAAUCUCGCCAUAGGAUAAGAAUAAUAUAGAGUCAAUCUAUAUCAAAAGUCUAUAUCAAGAAGCCUACUUGAUAUAGACUAAUCCAAGGUUGAUACUAGUACUUUGAUUUACAGUGUGAAUGUACUGCAAAAUUCACUAUCACCAUCAUUAAUUUACGUAUUUUUAGUUUGCAGUAUCCAUAGUCAUCGCUCCAUAAUAAGUGGUUCAUGUUAUUACGACCUUUAAGCAAGUUGACAUCCAAACAAACAAUCUUUUGUCGCAUUCCUGUGUAAGGCAACAGAUAAAAAAUUAUUCAAUCCGUUAUAGAUCAAAAUUUUCUCAUAAUCAUACGCUAAACAACAUUUGUAUGGGUAGUAUGUAUCUUAUAUACAAAUGGCUGUAAUGUGUAGUGGAAACUAACAGCUAGGCUUGUGCUGAAUUUAGCUGCUAAUGUGCUAAAACGCAGCUAAGGUUGCUGAUUAUAGCGUCUGCUGCUGUACAAUACUUAGUACAUGCAGUUUUGCUGAGCUGAGUAACGCCCAUAGAACUACAACACGCCUACUGAUUCUAUUUUUCGGUGGUCAACAAAAGAACUAGGAAUGCAUCAAAGCAACAGUAUCAUGAAAUUGAAUUCAAAUUGACUGUUUUCUUAUUUCAUUGCAAACCUUAAAAUAAUAAUGCUCCACUCUUACAGCGAUAAAUAUCUUUAAAUUUUUGGAUUGAUGUUCUCAACCAAUGUAUAUUUUC